AUGAGAUCGUCCGCCCUCUCCACCAUCCUCUCCUGCGCAGCCGUUGCGUCCGCCGUGGCCGUCACCAACGACACCUCGCCCGCGCCGAGCAUCCCCAACGUCGUCCAGUCCACCUGGGACGGAAAAUGCUUUUACCCUACCCCCGACGCCGCCUUUGACCUCGAGUCUUACCUCGGCCGUUGGUACCAGGUCGCCGGCACCGUUGCGCCCUUCACCGCCGGCUGCAAGUGCAUCUUUGCGCAGUACUCUCUGAACGACAACGGCACUGUCAAGGUCAACAACACCUGCGAGGCCGGGGGCCGCGCUAUCAAUAUCCUGGGCACCGCCGCGCCCGCUGAUCCGUCGUACGGGGCCAAGGGCGUCCUUCGCGUCCAGUUCCCCGGCCAGCCCGGGCCCGACUGCGCCGGUCCGAAUUAUAUUGUCCAAGACUACACCCCAGACUUUGCGCUCGUGCAAGCCAGCAACUUUACGACGCUGUUCGUGCUCAGUCGCCAGCGAAACCCGGAAGACGCGGUUCUCGAUGCCUGGAUCGCACGCGCUGGCCAGCUCGGCUCGAACCUCGCAGACGUUGUCAAGACGGAUCAGACCGGUUGCCAAUUCGCAUGA